AUGUGUGUUGAUACAAAAGCAACAACAGAUCCACCAUCACAGCAACCGCCAUUAUUGCUUAGAUUGAAGACUGAUGUGAAAGAAGCUAUGAAAAAUAAAGACAAGAUGAGGCUUAAUACCGUGAAGGGGGUACUCUCGGAUAUAACCUAUGCAUCAAAGUCAACGUCUUCCACGUCUCAAUCUCCCAUUGAUGACUCAUCAGUGAUAAGGAUACUUCGGGGUGCCAUUAAACGCCGUGAAGAAUCAAUUUCCCAAUAUACAGCAGCCAAUAGACUAGAUCUCGCUACUAAUGAAAAGGAGGAACUUGAAAUAUUAAAGAGCUAUCUACCCGAGCAAAUGAGCGAAGAGGAUAUUGAAGCUGAAGUUAGAAAAGCGAUAAAACAGGUUGGAGCUAGUAACGUGAAAGAUGUUGGGAAAGUUAUGAAAGAAAUUAAGAUUGAUGAGGGAAAGGCUGAUAAAAAAUCUAUUAGCAUCAUCGCAAAGAAAGUAUUAAGUGAAUCUCAGUGA